AAACGACGUCGAUCCCCGUCCCCCACGAACCGACUCAGUGGACCCCCUUCGAGACCCUGGCCCCGGCAAUCAUAUGGCAGCAUGUGUCUGUCACGGGCAAUAGCGAUGGCAUGGCCCUAUAGUUUAUAUCAUUCAAAUAUGCAACCCUCACGCACGUAAAAGGCACUUUUCUCUCCUAGAAGCCUAUGAAGCGAGUCGCCUGGCUACGACGUCGCUUUGUGCUCGUCAAAGGCCGUAUCGACAACAUGUUCGUGCGACGGGACUCGGCUGUCGUGCUUGACGACCAGCAGGCGGCCGAUACAGUCGCACAGCAUCGUGCUGAGGCGGAGGCCAAGCUCGAGGGGAAGAUAAAACCGGUCGUCUUCCCAACCCGAGAUAAUGAUACAAUACCUAGAAGACGCAAUUCCCGCAGUGCGCGCGAAAGUCAUGGAGUUAGAGACUCAGCCAGGAACUCGCGGCAGUCAUUUGCCAGCCAGCAGUUCGCUAUGUCGGCAGUCACUGCUGGGUGUGGACAAGGACUAGGCUGGAGCAUGGCUGACGUCCGAGCCAGCCAGCCUGAAUUACUCGGUAUCGCCUCGAAUGAAAACACGUUCCCCGAGGAUGGGAGAGAUCACCACGGGCCGAGUCUCUUCGCGAGAGCGAAGAGGAAGAGCCGCUUUCGAUACAGCGUCCUUGACCCUUCUGCGGGGCUCGGGGAAAAUGCACACCACAACGACGACGAUAUAACCUAUUCUCAACAAGCGAAUUACAUCCGAGUCAUGAUGGAGUCGGGCAACUUCGACCUUCGACAAUUCGGGCUGAGUAAGAUGUCCAUCGACGACCCGCGCUUCCAAACCGCCCUGCAUGCCGCCCUGGAAAGUUUCCCACCGGGUAUGGCGGCAAACAUUAUCGAAGCUGCCCCGAUCCACCAAGAACGCGAAAUAGAAGAGGGCAAUCUAAGUCGUACGCUGUUGUCCAGCAGGAAAUCGAGGUUCAGCAUCGCAGUAGCAAGCAAAACAGCCUGGCACACGGCAAGUAACCGGUGGUCGAGAGUCAGUUUGAGGCGGGAUCCGGAUCUCAAACCGAAUGAGAAACCACGAUUUUCUAGGAAGGUUUGGUCGCGCAUCUCAUGGAGCAAGAAGGAUAUUGAUUAUAUGACCUACUGAUGUGCAUUGCGUAGUUUACGUCACGUUGGUCAUUUCCCCUGUCAUAUUUGGUUUAUCCUAGCGUCGCUUUUGUUAAUUUUGUUGAUUUUGUUGGAUUGAUAUCUCUAUACCAUUUUUCUUAUUUGCUGAAGAAUCAAGAACACGAGUAGUGUGAAAUAUCCUCUGGAUCCCCUAUCAACUCAUUCGUAAACUCCACAUUUCAAACACGACACAAGCUUGCGCGACCUUUAAUUAUGAAUGGCCAAAGACGCGGCCAGCCUUAUACUCGUCUCACGCAAUGUGCAAAAUUAUGCAUCGU